CGCGUCCAUGGCACCAUGCACUUCAACAGCCACAUUCGCUUCAACCUGCCCCCACAAGGCUCCAUCUUGGCCCGCAACAUGUCAACACGCUCGUGUCCCCCGCGCACCAGCCCUGCCUCCGAUGUGGAGGAGGAGGAGGAGGAGGGACCGGCGGAUAGCAGAGGGGAGCGGAGGAGCUCGGCGCUGAAGCUGCCCAAGAAGAAGGCUCGGCGCAGGCACACGGAUGACCCCAGCAAAGAGUGCUUCACCCUGAAGUUUGACCUCAGCGUCAACAUCGAGGCGGAGAUCGUGCCGGCUGCGAAGAAGAAGUCCCUGGGGGAGGUGCUGCUGCCGGUCUUUGAGAGGAAGGCGAUUGAGCCAGGCAAGGUGGACGUCUACCUGGACCAGUCCCACACGCCGCUCUCCCUCCAGUUCGAGGCGUACCACUUCGGGGGGCACUACCUGCGGGUGAAAGCCAAGCCUGGGGAUGAGCUGAAGGUGGAGCAGACAGCGCGGGAUGCCAGGUCGGUCAGCCUGCCCAUCCUGCACCCCGUCAGCACCACCAUGCUCCUCGGGCCAGCACCAGAGCUGGUGCUGGGACACCGGGAGGGUGCCGACAGCCUGGCUCCGGGCCGGCGGAGGAAGAACAUGACAGAGUUCCUGGGGGACGCCAGCAUCCCCAGCCCUGAGCCGGCCCCCCACAGCAAGCUCCCCAGCAGCUCCCUGUCUGCCAAUGGCACUGACACCUGGAAGAACCGCGCUGCCAGCCGCUUCAGUGGCUUCUUCGGCUCCAGCACUGGCACUGGCUCCUUUGGGCGGGAGACUGAGAAGCUGGAGCAGCUGGCGAGCAGGCUGCACGCCUAUAGCACCUUCGGGCUGCCCAAGCUGCCGCCCCAGCUCUGCUUCGACUGCGACUCCUGGGAGGAGGACAGGGAUGAGGCUGGGCUGGCGCUGGAGGACAGCUGGCAACAGAUCAUCCAGGGCGCGGAGGCCCUGUCACGCCGGCAGUGCCACCAGCAGGAAGCCAUCUGGGAGCUGCUGCACACCGAGGCCACCUACAUCCGCAAGCUCAAAGUCAUCACUGACCUCUUCCUCUGCUGCCUGCUGAACCUGCAGGAGUCAGGGCUGCUCUGCGAGGUGGAUGCCGAGCGGCUCUUUGGCAACAUCGGGGAGAUCAUCCGGCUGCACCACGAGCUGUGGCACACUGUCAUGGCCCCGCUGCCGGCCAGGACCGGGGCGCUGAUUGACCCUGUUGACUUCCUUGAUGGCUUCAAGAUGUUCGGCUCCCUCUUCAAGCCCUACGUGCGGUACUGCAUGGAGGAGGAGGGCUGCAUGGAGUACAUGCGGGCGCUGCUGCGGGACAGCGAGCUCUUCCGUGCCUACGUGACGUGGGCUGAGAAGCACGAGCAGUGCAGCCGCCUGAAGCUGAGUGACAUGCUGGUGAAGCCCCACCAGCGCCUCACCAAGUACCCGCUGCUCCUCAAGUCCGUGCUGAAGAAGACGGAUGACCCAUGCGCCCGUGAUGCCAUCACCGCCAUGAUUGGCUCUGUGGAGCACUUCAUCAACCACGUCAACUCGCGGAUGCGCCAGCGGCAGGAGCAGCAGCGCCUGGCCGCCAUCCUCGAUCGCAUCGAUGCCUAUGAGGUGGUGGAGGGCAGCACAGACGAGGCGGACAAGCUGCUGAAGGAGUUUCUGCGGCUGGACCUGACGGCCCCCAUCCCCGGCACCUCCCCAGAGGAAACCCGGCAGCUCCUCCUUGAGGGCAGCCUGCGGAUGCGGGAAGGUAAAGACAGCAAGAUGGACGUCUACUGCUUCCUCUUCACCGACCUCUUCCUCAUCACCAAGCCCCUCAAGAAGGCUGAGCGCACCAAGGUGGUCCGGCAGCCCUUGCUGGUGGACAAGGUUGUCUGCCGGGAACUCAGGGACCCGGGCUCCUUCCUCCUCAUCUACCUGAAUGAGCUGGGGAGUGCCGUGGCCGCCUACACCUUCCAGGCCAGUGGGCAGUCGCUGUGCCGCAGUUGGGUCGAGGCGGUGCGCAAUGCCCAGAACCUGCUGCAGCAGCUGCGGCAGCGCCGGCGCCUGGAGGAGGAGGAGGAGGACGGCGAGAGCAGUGCCUCGGCUGCCAGUUCGCCCACCGUCCUGCGCCGUGGCAGCGCCAGCCCGGACUCACAGCAGUGCCCCUCCGAUGGCUCCACUGAGACCCUCGCCGUGGUGGCGGCAGACGGCGGCAGCGACGAGCUCUCCUCCCCGGACUGGGAUGCGGGGCCCUUCAGCUCAACCUCGGAUGGAUCCUCCGUCAGCACCGGCACCUCCGCCGACAACCCCACCUCUGCUGAGACCCCCACCUGGGAGCUGCCCGCGGGCACUCUGCCUGUACCCCUGCCCCAUGGCACGUCCCCCCUGGCCAGCGGCUGGCCCUCCAUCGACAGCGCCUACGGCACGCUCUCGCCUGCCUCAUUGCGGGACUUCAGCCAACAGCCGGAGGGGGCAGCUGAGGAGGGGCGGGAGCCCCCCUCGGCCCCACGGCCACCCUCGCCCCGGCUGCGCCGCCGGACACCUGUGCAGCUCCUGCCCUGCCCGGCCAGGGUGCUUAAGUCUAAGUCGGAGGCCAGCCUGCCCCAGCUCCUGCCCUCCGGCCCCCUGGCCCCCCUCAGCCAGAGCCGCAGCCUCUCCAACCUCUGUGCCGGCCCCCCCUGGACUAGCCAAGCCGCCGGCCCCCCAGCUGCCCCUGGCAGCAGUGACAGCUCCACCUCUGAGCUCUCGGAGCUGGAGGAGUCGGUGGAGAGCCCAGCGUCCCUCCCAGGGGAGCUCAGUCGCGAGCCCCCGCCCGCUGCCCGCCGGACCCUCUCAGACCCGCAGUCGGCUCAGCACCGCAAGCUGACACUGGCGCAGCUCUACCGGAUCCGGACCACGCUGCUGCUCAACUCCACGUUGACCGCCUCGGAGGUCUGAGAGCUGCCGGGGCGGCAAGGACGGACGCGUGGCCAUGCCGAGGAGCUGCUCCCACUUCUAACUGUAGCGUAACGCCGGGGCUGGGCAGAGCAGGCUCUGGGAUGCCGCAUUGGUGGGGACACGGAUGGGGAUGCAGACCGGUCCCCUCAGCAAGGACGUGCCCUGGGCAUGGCAGCACAGGGCUGCCUGCUUCUCCCCAGAGUGGGGACGGACAUGGCAUAUGGCUCGUGCCGAACCCUUGUCCGCAGAGAUGAGGGUUGUUGGUUGGGGCCCAGCCCCCCCAUGGUGCGUCGGGCAGGGGGCCCUGGGGACGCGGGGCCUGCGGAGGGCUGUGGGGCGGCUCCCGUGGGUGAGGAAGGGAUGAUGAUGUUGGCGGUGG